AGAAAAAUCCUUUCUAGUAGACUCGUGCAUUCUGAGCAUGUUUAUCAUCCUGUCGUGACCCAACCCAUUCCAUGUAACUUAAGUGUCCAUGGGAACACCUCGAACAUCUUAUAACGAUUAAUCUUCUCAAGUUACGAGCAAUAAUGAGAGUGUAACGAGAGUAUAAGGAGAGUGUAAUGGCAUUGCUAAUCGCAGAUCUAUCCGGUAGGGGCAAGCAAAAAUUUGGCGACGACUGUCGAGCGGAUAAAGAGUGCGGAUUUGCUGGCUCCUACUGCGAACCGAAGAAGAACAAGUGCGCCUGCAAGGAAGAAUUUGAGGUCACGAACCAUAUCGACAAGUGCGGACACGCGGCGAACGUGAACGAGUCCUGUUCCUUCACUGAGCAAUGCGAAGCGCGGGUGAGCCAAACGGAAUGUCGCGACGGUCGAUGCAUCUGCCUCUUCGAGAAAAUCCCGAUGACGCAGGCGGACGGUGUAAUAACCUGCGUAGCCGACGUCAAAGAGCCAACCAGUCUCCAGUACAUCGAUCCGGCGAUGAUCGGCGUUCUUGUUGGCAUGGCACUGAUGUUCGUCAUCAUUUGCGUCGUUCUUAGACUUUUCAGCAAGGCUCGCUGGCGAGAGAACCGCACUAUCUUUAAUACGCCCAACGCGCGACUGAUGAACGUUUCGCUGCUGAGAGAGAACAAACUUUUGCACACUCAGGAGAGACGCGGCUCCAGGGCGAGCGUACGAGCUCCGUCGAGGCAACCCUCGAUGGCGUCCUUGAGGGCCCACUCGCCGACCGCCUCGCAAGGGUCACGCACAGGAUCGCGACGUGGGAGCCGCAACAGCAGCGGGAACGCCUCGGCCGCCUCGGUGAAAUCGAACAAAUCUCCGAAUCAUACGAACAACGUCGCCGACCCGCUCCUGGAGAACGUCACCGUUGAGAUUCCCGACGCGAAGGCAUAAGACCGCCUCUAGCACAAACGAUCCGAUCGACACAGAGCACACAUUCCCGUUUGUCACUAAUAGUCCCGCGUAGAUUAACGCGCGGCACUAUACAUCGCAUAGAUCGCCGUCCGUAUACAAAUAAAUCUUCAACCCGCGUGUAUAAAUUGACUCGCUCGGUCUCCACGUUUCCGUUUCAACGGCAGAGGAACGAAAAUGUAACGUUCGAUAAUGCAAAUAUCAUUGGUAAAUACUUCGCCUAUAGAUAAAUCGCGACGAAAUACCGACGACUCGAGCCCGCCGUCGAGGUCGAAAUAUAAAUUAUCAGUAAUUGGGAUCGCCUAAGUACCACUCUUUAACAGUAGCAGGAGAACCAUCCAGUUAGAUUAAUUGCGCGGAGACUUCUCAGCGUGUCUCUCCCUCUCUUUAUAAUUCGAUAUUCUACGUAUCUAUUGUAAUAGAACGUAAUUGAAUGAUGUUAAGAACAUUGAUUUUUAUUUAACUCUCUUAUUUGCUGAUAGAAUGUUAAAUCGGAAAGCUCAGAAAUAGAAAAGAGACACAUAGUUCAUUACAAAAUACACUCUCAGUAAUGAAACGCCUAUUAUGCUAGUUUUAGCGGUAACAGCUGUGAAGAAAAUUGGACGAUUAGUGCUCGUAUAAUAACAAAAGAAAAUUUGAAUUAAUUGUUCGUAUUAGUUCGACGGAAUGUUAACGAGUCGUUUUGAGAACAGAAUUGUUUAACAAAAAAAAAAUUGAUUCGCACACGAUUCGUACACGCGACUCAAUUUACAUUUAAAUUGUAAAACGUUGUAGAAGAUACUUUUCGAGAGAGACUCUGAAGAACGUUACUAAAAAGAGGAAAAAAUAGUCGGUAUAGUGCUUAAAGUUGAAAGAGAUGGAAAUCAUCAUAUCUCUUUAUACUGUGACAACGUAAUUCUGUUGCUCGUCUAACUAUAUAAAUGCGGUUUCUCGACCGUACGCUUCGUGACAGCAGUUUCAAUCGUUUUCAGAUACCAAAGCGCACCAACGUGAAAAUUGCGGCGGUGGACAAUUAUAUCGAAACACACCUGUAACGCGAACGCCUUUCGGACCAAGCGACUUUAGUACCGCAUUCGAUUGUUUUAUUUUAACGGGAGUGCACGCAAUGUAUGUCACAACGUAAUUGGCAUCAUUUGCGUGUCCAAUGUAUGUACAUCAGAAUUGUAUAGAGAAUGAUACACGUACUCGCAGAAUAUCUCGCGAGGGAGACAUGGAAAGAAAACGUAUACAGUAACACGGUCCGUUAAUGAAAUUGAAAAACUGAAGAAUUGCGAUUGCGAUUGACUGUAAAUUUUCGGUCCAUAUGCGGCAGCCAUUUUCCCGUUAUUAUUAAGAGAAAAGUAUAAGCAAGCAGAAUAUGAAGCGAUGAUAGUUUUCUUCGGCUAACCAGUCGGACUCACAGUAUAUAGAUCACAUUAGCGAUUGAAGCGAGGACAAGUCAUUCACAGUGUCGAUGCUCCGAUGAUCGAAUGUUAUACGAUCAGACGCGCAUGCCUUUUCCCUGAAAGUUUUAUUUCGAUGUGUGACGCCGCGGCAUCGAGACGCGGCAGGACGACGGUCGCGGGAUCAAACAAAUUAGUCCUCUACAUCGAAGGCGACGCUGCGGCUCGAUUGGCUCGCGACAAGCCAACGCGAAAGGGACCAGAGGAGAGCGCGACGCACGCGUUUUCGCGGAGGUUGCGAAGGUUGAGGGUUGCGAGGUGCGUCGCCGGAUUCGCGCUAAGACGGUGCCACGCGGCGGUGAUUAGGAGUUCUUGACGAAUAUUAAGCCACAUAUACAAUCAUAAGCGUAGCACUGAAUGAUAAUCGCAUCAAUUAAAUGUAAUCAGCACGAGUAGACGACAUUUCCUUGAGGUGCGCACAGAUCUCUCAUUAGAACGGAGAAAGGUAGUGCUUGAGAAUAAAAGUUUUCUCUUAGAAAAAUCUUUUCAAGUUCGAAAGUUUUUCUCGCCUAUUUUGGAGAGUUUAUUAUAAUAUCCACAUUAAAUAUUGGCGGAGAAAGCUAGGAUACGUUAGAAAAUUUGAAGGAAAAACAUGAAUAAGAGAAAGAGAAGAAAGAAAAAAAGUUCCUUUUAAACAAGUGUAUCUUAUUGUAAAGAUAUAUGUAUUAUCAUCAGAAAAAUCGGAGAAAUUGCAAGAUUCAGAAAGAUCUCUAAGGAAUUUUAGAGAAACUUUACUCGAGGAACUUUAUUCAAAUAAAAAAUUUUCCGUCUCUUUUGAAAACUUGUAGCUUGUCGUUUUACGGCAUCUGAUAGAAGUAUAAAGCACUGCAAGUAUUUAUAUCAAAUUAAACGGGCGACUAAAAUAGAAUGACCAAUAAACACGUAUAUUUCUAGUUCGUUUCAUAUAUAUAUAUAUGUAUUGCGAUGACAUUUUGGCAUUUAGAAUCAAUAUUCUAACGGGACAGAAUCGUCUAUCUUCUCGCAGCCAAACUUAUCGCUAACGCCGAGCUCGAGAGCAAUUAAAUAUACAACCAGAAUUCGACAUUCACGUUCGUGUAUUGAUAAAUAGAUUUGAUUCAUUCAACAUGAAAAUGGAAAUGUACGUCGAGCUCGAUGUUGACGCCGACAACAGCAACGACUAGCGGAAGUUUACGGUUUUCUCCUCAUUGGUGACGAGAAGCAAGAGGAAGAGAGGUUGGAGAGAUAGAAAAUAUAUAUUAAGAGAUACAUAAUUCUUUAAAGUAAAGAGAGGCAUCAAAAGCUGAAUCUAGUUUGUAGCGGUCCAAAGAAAUACGCAUAUAAUCCACAAGAAGUUUUAAGAUUUAGAGUAAGUAUUUUAGGAUCAUAUUUGGGAACGUUGCUAAUUAUAUCAUAAGCUUUGUCGUUUAAAUUGUCGCUAUUAUUGCCACCUACAACUCCUCUCUUUUCGGCGUUUCAUCUCGUCAGAUUUCGCCCACGCGACGCAUCUCGAUCGCUAGAAAAAUAUUUUUAGCUCGCUUCGUUGAAAAAAAAACACACAACAUUGUAUUUUACCAUUGGCGAAUGUUGCGUGUGCACAUGUCAGGUCCAAUGGAAAUCCGUUAAACUCUUGUAUGUCCGGCGUUAUACGUGGAAAAAAGAAUCUCUUUUCGUAGAGCGACCAAAAAGCGCGGUUACACACGACUUUAUAUGAAUAUCUCAUUGUUAAUCGCACAAGAGUAUAAUAUACUCGGUAUCUCGAAAGCUUGCAAUGUCCGUACGCGAUAGAAUUGUGAGGGCAGAUGAGCGAUCGUAGCCCAGUACGAUUGUAUCUCAACAAUUUAGUGCCUGCGCUGUCGCGUUCCUAGAGAUAGAUCUAAAUUUAUCGACCAUUUAUUACGAGUACAGAAUAUAUACAUAUAUAUAUAUAUAUAAAUAAAAAAUAUAUAUAUAUACAUUUACACGCACGUAUCGUGCGAGAGAGAAUCUAUAAAAGAUAUUGAUAAAUGCGUAUAUACUAUAUAUACACGAUUAUUCAUGAAAGCUUGGCACUAUCUGCACUAUCUGUAGAUUACUUCUGUAACGCCUAGCAACUGUCUCCACUCUGUGAUCCGUGUGCAAUACGUAACUGCGAUUAUUCUCGCGGGCAUUAUUGUGAUUAUUAAUUGUUACCGUCACUAUAUAGAUAUAUAUUACUAUCACUAUUAUUAUUAUUAUUAUUAUUAUUAUUAUUGUCAUUAUUAUAGUUGCUGUCGCUGUUAUAAAUUGCUCUCACGAGCGUCAAGCAAAAAAAAAAACGACUCGCUUAGGGUAUUUGUCAUCCCGCACCUGACAUCGUCCGCGUUUAAAUUCGUCACUAUCGUGGCAUACAUGAUCCUACGGACCAUCCGGUGAAUUUUCGAAUUCGCGCGCGGAUGGUGGGUAGUAUACUUUUAACGGGACUCCAUAACUGCAGGGAUGCGUGCGUGUGUGUAUGUGAGCUGAAUGAUCAGAAUUUAUAUAAUUGCAAAUAAGAAUUUAGGGCGUAAGUGAUUUUAAUCAGUCGAAUCAGUUCGGCGUCACCGUCGAGAAAUCGAGACGAUCCAGAAACGAAAUUCGGGGAAGGUUUCUGUUUCCGGGAUCGCGCGAUUUCGAGUCGCGACGUCCUUCUUCUAGAGUAUUAUAUAGUAAGGUUAACGAGAGUUAAUAUGAGCACACUUAUACACGAACAUAUACGAUCUAUCGAUCGCGCAAACUAAUCUGCACGAAAUCUAGAUGGAUUUCUCGAGCUUCAGAAUAAUUUUAUCUAUAGGAUAGUUUGAGAUGCUUCGACGAGAGAUGCGGAUAUGAUAUUCUAAGUACCUAAAUAUUUCAAUCCGAUAUAUCACUUAUCAAGAGUAUAUAUAUUCGCGAGCAAGUUCGCGCACAGAUCUUUUUCUCCACCCUUAAAACAGAGGAAAGAAAUAUAUAAGUAGAAAAGGAUGAAAAAGAUGGAGCAAAACGGAACAAGCAGAGUGCCUAUUCUUUAUCUUGAAAACGCUCGCUCACUUUUGUAAGUCUCUAACUCUAACAAGUAAGGAACUAAGUAACAUUUUUUGCACACUCUACUCUACUCCUAUCUCGACGGAAGCUCGAUGACAACAAAGAUGAAAACGACAUUUUUCUAGUGGUAGAUACUUUGUAAUGUCGUAAGUGAUUUUUUUCCUUGUUUGCGACGGAUCGAUUUAAUUCGAUGAUAGACGAAUAACAUGUAAUUACGACGUUCUCUUGUUAAGUAAUUUCCUUUUAUACACGGCGUGUCUCGAAGUGUAUAAACAAAUAUAGUUUUGACUUUAUCAACUCCCAAGCAUUGUUAAAUUCGUUAAACAAUAUGUAAACGGGAGAUUAGACUCUAUAGUGGGUUUGCGGUAUGCAUCUAAAAAGUGUUUUGCAUUGCGCAUUAUAUCGCGUGCCAAACCGAUUCCACUUCGCUAUCAUUAAUCGAUAUACGGAAUUAAUAUAUAUAUGUAACUGCCGGAGGCAGUCACGCUCUUUUCAACGACCAAAUUAAUCGCAAUGACGACUGUAGAGUAGAAGUCGAGAUUUUCUUGAUAUCGUAAAACGAGAAAUAGAUAAUGUGUAGACACGAAUAAUACAAGGAGGAAUGGUGCCGUGAUCCAAAUAUGGGGAAGUGUUUGGAUCACCGUCCGCGUUCCAAAAAAAAAGAAAAAAAAUGUUUCACCGAAAGGAUCGAACGCGAAGAAAAUUUUAAAACGUAAACUAUGCAAAUAAUCUAUUACAUUGUUCAUUGACCAAUUGUAUAGUCGCGAUUAGAGAAAAAUUAUCGACUAUCAUAGAAAAAAUGAAGAAUUAGUUUCUAACUAGGCAAUGCAAAGCUUGGACAAUUUCAGAAUAAGAUACCUCUAUUUGAUAUCGAUUAGUUUCGAUCUAGUAUCCCACGGAUGUUCGGAAAGACGCCGAUGUGCGUCAGAGAUCCCGAAAUUACAGACGAUCACCGUCAAUGAUCUCCGUUUCUGCGGGAAACGGCGACGGAUAAUCGAUGCAUUUGGUACAAACGCCAAUCAUUUUCGACGACGAGCACGCGAGUGCGCGAUCGUAUUUUUUAACGAUCUCACAAAAAAAAAACGAUUCUUCAUCGAGCGCAAUGCGAGUAACUGUAUAAUUUAUCUUACGGAUUUUUGCGUAUCUUCGAACACAGCACGAAUAUUGUAUCACCCAAAAAUCGUACUUCUACUUUAAUACACAGUAAAUGUUAAUUGCCGCGCGACAUAUUGUAUCUUGUAAGCCGAUGAAGUAAGUUGUUUCUUCUAUGUAACCAGCGAGAUAAGAUUUAAUCUAAGCGCUAAAACUGCUUGCUCUCAAGAGUACUAUGCGGUGUGUACGUGGUAUUAAUACUCUAUUAUUAAGCUUUUUGCGAAUUGCUAAAGUUCGUCAUAAUAUAUAUUAUACAUAUAUAUAUCUUUGAACUCUAUGCUUGCGUUUAUUAUUAUCCACAAGAUAGAUAGAACUACUUCUGUCUGUCUUACCGUUGCUCGAGUAGCAAAUCGUCAACGGUACUCACGACACAUUGUGAUCUGAUCAUAGGGUAUAAAUUUUCAACAAUACGCGUUCAAAAUAAUAAAAAGCAAGAAUAUAUACAUAUAUAUAUAUAUAUAUAUGUAUAUAUGUAUGUAUAUGUAUAUAAACUUGCAUCAAUGACGCGUAGAUCACUUCGAUCUGAGCGCAAAUGCUGAUUUAUGCGACGAAUAAGUUUAUGAAUAAGCUCUAUAUAUGUUACAAUGCUAAUUACAUUAAUAGUCUCUAAGGAUAUGAAGUGACGGUUUUUAGAACAACCGAAACUCCCAAGGAACUCUCACUUGCAUUGUAGGUAUCAUCGAAAAAUUGAUACCAGAGAUAAUUUGAAAGCGCGAUAGCGUCGAUAGCAUAUUUAGAAGACACGGUAUGAAAUUGGGUGCGGGUAAAAUAUAACGCGAGUCCCUCUUUCUCCAAUUUUCAAUAUUUUAUAAAAGGUCCGGUAUGUGCAAAAAUAAAGAUAAAUAUCGUCAAAUUACGUGAUCUAUAUACAUAUAUACGUCGUAAUUACCUGUACUAACUUUAUUGUAGCGGCUUAGCGUACCUCGUAAUCUUUAUAUCAUAUACUUUUCAUAUUAUAUAGCUUACGACGAUCAAUGAAUCUAUAACAAAUGUAUCUAAAAACUUAAUUAUAUAUUCUGACUCUUCAAA